CCUCUGAUGGUUUGGUCUGUCAGCAUGCCAGGACCACAUUCUCAUCCCGCUGCCAUUGAAAGGGGCGGUAAAGACAUAAACAGGGCCAGUGGGAUUAGGGCCCACUCGGAGGAGUGAUCAGGGGGGAUUUGCUGCCCGGCGGGCACACAAUGGCACUGUCGCGUAACACACAAACACACACUACACAUGCUCACCGGCAACGUUUCACAACAGACCCAAGCCUACAUAAAUCUGAUUAGAACUCCCUUUUGUUUGGGAAGCGGUACCGGGGUUAACAGAGGCUAGCCUCGCCGCAGGCCAUGUUUGAUAGGACAGGGGGUGUGUGGACGUUGGCGGGACGGCAAAGAGAAAAGCUGGGGGCAUGUUCUGUUGUGGCGGGGUGUUUCCACGUGUGUGAAGCCCCAGACAGACAGGGAGGGUCAUGGCUGUGUGUGGAAGUACAAUAACAGGAUGAAUAAAGGUUUUUUUUCCUCCCCUCAAUGCCCGUGUUUCUGAGUCAGCUGAUGAUGGUGGAUGGAGACAGGAUCUAAGCUAUCACGAGACAACAACAACACGGGCAGACACAAAGACAGCAAGCUGUGCCGGCUCUGGCCCAGGCUGCAGCCAUGCCUCUUCUGGAAGAGACCACUCUGCCACAAGAGCACCCACCUACUGUCCCAGUAGUCAUCAUAGGCAACGGGCCAUCAGGCAUUUGUCUGUCCUACCUGCUGAGUGGAUACAAGCCCUACCUAGAUAUAGCAACUGUCCACCCAAACCCGAUACUAUACAGAAAACUGCAGGAGACCAAGCACCUACCCAUCACUGAACAGGAUCUUGAAUAUUUGAGUGAAGGUCUUGAGGGGAGGUCAAGGAAUCCAGUAGCUGUGCUUUUUGACACACUGCUGCACCCCAAUGCUGACUUUGGCUAUGAGUUCCCUCCUGUCCUUCAGUGGAGGAGGGACAAGCAGCAGCACAUCCCACAUCUGGUGCUGGGGAAGGCAACACCAGGAGGUGCUUGGCAUGCCAUGGAAGGCUCCAUGCUGACUAUUAGUCUUGGCAUCUGGAUGGAGCUCCCCGGUGUCAACUACAGGGACCUGACUAGCGGGAAACGCAGGGAUGUAACCAGUGACAGAGCCACCCCAGAGGAGAUCUCAUCCUAUUACCGUAACUAUGUGAAGCUAAAGGGCCUCCAAAAGAAUUUUGUUGACAACACCUAUGUGACCUCCGUCCAGAAACUCUGGCGGGGGCACGAGGGGGGAGGUCUGGAAAAUGGGCACACUGAUCAAGGAGAUGUGGGGGUGAGAGAUGGUGGGAAUGAGGGAAAUGGAGUUGAGUGUGUAAACAGUGGAGGAGGGGGGGCUCUCUGGGAAGUAAGGGGAUACCAGCAGGUGCAGAACGACACUCAUGUCCCCUUCUCUCUGUUUGCUGAGAAUGUAGUUCUGGCCACUGGUGCAUCCGAUUCACCGAUUCGGUUAGGUGUAGAGGGAGAGGAUCUACCAUUUGUAUUCCACAGUAUCUCAGACCUGGGCUUGGCUGUAAGCCGGAGAAAGCUGGACAUGAACUCUGAUCCGGUUUUAAUUGUAGGUGCUGGUUUGAGUGCUGCAGAUGCAGUUCUGUGUGCUUGCAACAGCAACAUCAGAGUGCUGCAUGUCUUUCGUAAGAGCGUAGACGACCCAGAUCUCAUCUUCAAGCAGCUGCCCAAGACCCUGUACCCAGAGUACCACAAAGUGUACAACAUGAUGUGCUCUCAGACCUACACAAAUGUGGCUCCCUCCUCUGCUCCUAACAGACCCCAGGCAGUUAGUAUUGCCUCUUCUGUAUGUGCCAAGAUGUGCCCAAAGCCCCAACUUGCCACAGGUAGCAUGGCUGGUAAUGGCGGUGUCAGCCUAUUUCCUGACUACACCAGUUUCCCUGAACACUGCGUGGUGUCCUUUCAGUCUGACAUGAAGUGUUUGCUGCAGGGGAAAAACUCCCUCAAGGCAUUCAAGAUCUCCAUGGUCCUGGUGCUGAUUGGGACUAAUCCGAACUUAUUUUUCUUGAAGGGGCAGGGUCAGUACCUGGGUCAGGAUCCAACAAAACCCAUCUCCUGCAAGCAGAACCCCAUUGAUAUCCACCCCUACACUUUUGAGUGUACCAAGGAGCCAGGUCUGUUUGCCAUGGGUCCGCUGGUGGGAGACAACUUUGUUCGCUUUUUGAAGGGUGGUGCUUUAGGCAUCGCCUCCUGUCUGCUGAAGAGAUUCAAGAAGAAAGGGAAGCUAAUCAGCAGUGGAGGGAAUAACUUCAUCUGAAAACAUGAUGGAGAAAAAAGAGCAGCACACUUUGGUUUUAGGGCACAGAUUGAGUCCUUUUACCAACUGAUGGAAAAGGUGUUGGGGAGUUUUAAUAUGUUUUAAUCAUUAAUGCAGUGUUUUCUCAUCAAAGCUUAGGCAUUUUUACAACUUUCUGAGACCAAAAAGACAGUGGAUGUAUACUAAUUAGUUUCUAAAGAAACAAAAGACAUCUUUCAAGGGUAUUGUCUGACUUCCUAAGAAGUCCCCACAAGUCCAAGCUACCAUGUGCCAGUGUUUUCUAGUCAAUCUGUAACCUCACAACUGAAUGGGACCUUAUUUUCAUCAGGGUUAUUUAUUCGUUCACCAUGUGUCUUUUAAUCCAUUUGCUAACUAACUUUACUUGCUGUCAUAUCACAAUUUAAGUCUUGUUUUUCUAAACUUUAGAGGACGCAAUACUAUAAUGUAGAAGCGACUGCUCUAAUUUUUUAUGCAACAUAAAGCUUUAGUUGUGUCAGACAUGGGCACCCGCAGAGCAAUCUGUGGUCCCGCUAACAAACUUACCAUGAUCUGAAAUCUACGCAGCAUAACCUCAUUACACCAGAUUGAUCCCAGAACGUGUGAACCGACAAGUUCAUGGCUACGCAAUGUAAUGUAAUGUUAAUGUUCCUGAUUAUUCUGAGCCUACCAUCUUUUUUAAUCUUAAGUAAUUCUUCUUUUAGCUGCUGUUGUAGGUAGUUGGAGCCAUAUACUUAAAAAAAAAAAGUCUAAUAAUUCUGACCUGUUGCUUUGAUUUCUAUGCAAAUAAUUUCACUUGCAGAUCUGAAUGUAUUGUUGGGCACCAUCUGCUAAUUUUACUACAGACGGCAAGUUUGGAUCCAAGUGUCCUGAAAAAAAAAAACCCAUGGUCAUUAAAGGAUCAUUCUGGUGUUUUACAUUUCUCUUCUUUUAUACUUACCUCCAUACAAUGAGAAAAUCUUCUCAUUCCACUCUAGUGAACAGUGAAAAUCUUAGCAGUUUUUAUAAUUAUUUAGAUUUGCAUUCAGAAAAACAGCACAAGAAACAACUAAAUGCACACUGUUUUUCCCAGUAAUAAUGUUUGAUAUUAUUUUUUUUCUCCUGGAUUUGAUUUUCCAGAAAAACUGUGAAUGCUUCUGCCUUUUGGCAGUCAACUCUCUAUUCUGAUACAUGGAAACCUCUCACCAAAUUAACCCAUGCUUUAAACCUUAAACUAAAAACAUUGUGUUUACUGAGUGUAGUAGUACUGUGAUUUGCAGACAAUAGCAUAUCAAGAAACGCCAGUAUGGUCCUUUCACUUUUAUCUUAGAAGAUAAUUGCCAGUCACAUAAUGACAAGAACAUAGUGAAAAAGUACAGUUCUUGCUGUCAUAAUUCGUUAAUCUUGAUGCCACAACUGAAACGCUUAGCGUAAAUUUUCUUGUCACUCUGGGCAGAGUCAGUGUCAGAAUCAGUGCCAGCUGAUCUAUAUCCAGCAGAAUUCAUGCAGAUACACAUGGACAGAACAGGAAAAACACACUUUUCCCAUUUUUACAAUCAUAUUAUCCAAAUAGUUUUUUAUUUUUUUUUUAUUUUUAGCAAACCAAAUCUUAGCAUCCACUUUGUAUUUUUGUGAUUACAUUAAGCAUUUUAUUUUUUUAACAUUUUGGCUAUCCCUGUGAAGACAUCUAAACGCCAUCUUGAAACUAUUCAUAUGGCUGGUGUACAAGACUAUGUUAAUAUAUCAGUAUUUAUUACUGACCCUAUGUCAUUGUAGUCAUGUCAUUGGGUUUUCUUGAUACUGUGAAACACUAGACAGCAAAUACCAAGUCAGAUUUAUUCUAUAUCUAUUUCUGAGCUACACCAACAAGUCACCAGUAAUUUCCCAAUUCAUGCUGACUUGUAGAGCUUUUUUCUUUUCCUCCAUAUCGCCCAACUCUGUAUGUGUGUAUCUAUAAAUUCUUCUGCCAUUUUUUAAUACAGCUUCAUGGUAAACAGCCAAAGUACUACUACUACUAAACUACUGUUAAGUGCCAAAUAACAGUUUGGAAAGCUUAUGAGCAGUGACAGUAGCAAUUUGUUUUCCAUUUCUGCUAUAUUUUGCUUCCUUUCAAUCUUUUAAACACUGUCUGCAAGAGUGUGUUGCCAUAUGAAUAAUUUUUUUGUGUGUGCCGCUCACGCACAGCUCAAGGUUUGUUUAUUGUGAUGUGACACUUUGAUCCCUGUGUAGGGAAAUUAUUAUUUUUUCCCCCUUCAUACAGUACAGUAGUCAUAGUCACUGUUGGGGGUGAAACAUUACUAAAUAAUGUUACGUAGUCACAUUAAUUUUUCCACUAACAAAGUAGUUUAACACAUUACUGUUUAAGUUUUGGUAAUCAUAUAACAGUUAACUAGUGAAAAUGUUGUUACGUGUGUUAAAUAUUGAAUUUUAGCUGAAUUAUUCCUUGAUGCUUUUUUCACUGACUUCUGAAUAUCGUUUUGAUAUACAUAUUAAAUAUAUGCAUGCAGGCAUGAAUGACUGCAUAGCAGCAGCUGCUUUGAGCAGAAGACAGAAAAAUGCUACAAGGACAGACGUGGUUAAGAGUUUCAGCCAGUACAUAAAAAAAAAACAGGACUGCAGAGGAGAUUGGGUGACUCAAAAGUGGACAUAACCCUUAAUGUUUUGAAUUUACUUCAAGGAAAGAUUUAAAAAAAAAUAUAUGACCCUUUUACAUCCAGGUCAGACAUACCUGUCCACUACUGUCAACUCCAAGAGCAAAUCUGCUUGUGUAAUAAAGCACUGACAGGUUUAGUUUGUGCCC